AGAGUAACUCCGCCACCGGAAAUCUUGUCGUCGCUCCACAGCCAGUAUAGAGCCUGCAUUGACCUGCGUCUUCCCAUCUGUUCUCCUGAUUUUUGAAGGUUAGUCAAUUUGUAAAGACAUCUUCAAAGAAAUAUUUUCUUCUCUCUUGAUAUGGAUGAGGCUGCUGCACAAACUGCCUGGGAAUCUCUGGACCUGUUGUUUCACAUAUCGAACAUUCUUGAUACAGGUCUUGAUCAGCAUACACUCUCAGUCCUCAUUGCUCUCUGUGACCUUGGUCUGAACCCUGAGGCAUUGGCUGCUGUUGUCAAGGAACUCCAGAGGGACCCUUCCCUCUUUCCCUCAACACUAACUCCUCCAGCAUCAACACCUUGAAAUUUCUAUGGCCCCUUGCUGCAAGUUAAAGUCGUCAUGGAAAAUGAUAAGUGUCCUUUGUUUUGUAGCAAACGUCUUCUCUGUUGUACCAAAACGGGAGAAGUGAAGGCCUUGUAUAAAGAAUAUAAGUACAAAUGCUAUGUUUUUGUCCAUGAUCUCAACCUGUAGAUAUUCUUCGACACAUUUCAGAUUUUUACUCCAGAUAUCUUUGGAUAAAGUAUUAAUAUUGAU